CGAGUCAAUGGACAAAUUGCUUGAUUGUGUUCCUUUUAACAAGAAUCUGUGAUUAUUUCACCAUGAGUUCGACACUCAAAAAGUGCCUUCAAGAAAUAUCCCAGAAGGAGGAAGGACUUCUCGGGAUUGUCCUUGAGAUACUCACCUCAAAGAGAUUACUGGUGGAUCAUCAGGAGAUCCUGGAAGAUGUUAUUCAAUCGCCUCAGUGUAAACCUGUCAAUUCCCACUGCUUCACCUUCAAGAAGUCGAUGGGAAUCUUUCUGGGUUCUCUGGGACUGACAGAGAUGCUAAAAGCUGCCCAGAUACAGUCAAAAUUGAUUCUGCUGCCGCCGAUCUUUGCCUCUGGAUAUUGUCUGCUGUCUUCGGUGAAAGAGUAUCGAGAUCUGAAGAAUCAGGGAAAAGUGUCGAAGAUCAAGAAGUUCAUAGAAGAUCUCAAUGGUUUUGACGCUUUUCUGCGCAGACAGAUGGUGUUUCUCAAGGAAAUGUCUCUGUUCAGGAGCAAGAUCAAGUGUUCAGACGAAUGGGAAGCCAAUCUUACAGCGAGAACCAUCAAAUCUGUUAGGGAAGUGACUCAAUUACUCUACAGAAACACGCAAUAUCUUGAGCAGAAGUUUGAGAUUCCGGUGAAAUAUCAGGGAAUUUAUCAGUCACUGGACAAGCUCGAGAAUUGUGACUACUUCCAGAAGACUGAAGAGGACUUUGAAGUCAAGCAUAUCAAGGAAUUCUUCAAUAUUUUCCUCUACAUUCAAUCACAGUUUCUUCUCAAGAUCGCACUGACGAUGACUUUCUUUGAGAAUGGAUUCUCAGCUUGUGAGCGAAAGAUGUCGCAGAUUCAGGUGAAAAUUCAGCAAGAAUUGAAGGAAAACUCUGAGAAUCUUGACUACUUUCUUCAGCCGCCUUCGGCGGAAGUCACGAGAUUCACUGCGACGGAUUGUCAGGACAUCAGAGGACAGAUGCGUCAAUUUAACUGCCUGAAAUCCGCAUCAGGAGCCAUUGUGACGAAGCUCUUGACUCUCGUCACACAGUUGAGACUCUUCGAUGGGGAUUUGCAGAGAGUCAGGGCGAAAGAUGAGAAAUCCCUGCAGAAGGAAUUGGCGAAGAUGAAGGAAGCCUUUGAAGCUCUCAGUGUUUCCUUCACUUGUAUCAAUUUGGAGUUUGAAAAUCUCCACUUGAUCUACAACAAGAUCCUCAAUUUGCCCAGCAACGCCAUCGAAGACUACCAAAUGCUCGUGCCUGAGCAGCAACAAUCGCGGAAGAUUGAGGAUUUGUCCGUGAUUCCUGCCACAGAUGAAUUCUUCCAUCUGGACACAUCGAAGGAUCAGGAGUGGGAGAAGGAAGAGGCUGACUUUGAUCUCGCCAACUACGAAUACGAUCGAGUGAAUCAGAAAUUGAUCAAGUCAUCAUUCAAGCCAGUUCUUGUGCAACUCAGGAAGCGCAUUCAUCCUCUUCACGAUGCCAUGAAGAAGCGCGAGAGGCAAUUUAUGAAAUCUCGCGGCGUCACACUCGCCGAAGAGUCUGACGGUGAAUUUUCCGACAGUCUCGAUGAGAAAUCCAACGAUUCUCUGUCCGAUGACGAAGCUCAGCGUCCUGCAAAGCCUGGAAAGUACGAGGAGAAUCGAGAGUUUCUGCAGGAAAAGCAGCAAGUUGGACUCUUCUUUAGUCUUCCACCACCUCAAAAUUUACUCUCUGAAGAUGUUCUUGAGUAGAAAUAUCACUUGUGUAUUAUCAUAUUAACAUUUACACUCUUUAUUGCAUCUCUUCUAUAUAAUAAUUUAUUAUCAUUUGUGAUUUUUUCGCAAAAUUCUUUUGCUUCGGCCACUUUCGCCACACAAGCGAAAAAAUGAGUGGUUUUUCUUCUUCUCCAAAUAUAUAUUGUUCUGCUCUCUUAUACUCGCUAAAUUGCAAUAAAUGUUGGAAUAAUAAAAAAAUAAUUUGUUCUUGAGACAAUUGAGACGAAAAAAAGA